AUGCCCAGGAUGGUGCCCGGGCCCGUGAGCGACGGCGGCGCCGCCCUCGCUUCACAGCAGCGUACUGCACACUCGCCCCAUUUCCCGCCAAGGGCACUGCGCCCAGCGAGGACCGAGCGUGCCCUCGCGGGCAGCGCGCCGCAGCCAGCGGGCGCUCAGACUGGCGUCGGCGCAUGCGCCUUCUGUGGCAAGUUCCUGACGGGGCAGGUUUCUCCCGAGCUCUUAACUGACUGCGGCUUGCGCCCCUCGCGGCUCCCGCCUUGUCAGGUUCGGGCCAGCAGAGGCUGCCCAAGCGAAAGCCAAGGCGGGAAAGCUCGCGGCGCGACCGCGCUCCUCCGCGCUCCUCGCGGCUCCCCGCGGCUCUCGCUGAGCCCCGCUGUGUCUGUCUCGGUGCCCGCCGGCCCCCCCGCACUCACUUCUGCUGCCUCCGCUUCGGGGCGCCCGCCCGCCGCCUCCCCUUGCCGAGCACUGUGUGAGCAGCCCUGCGGCCGGCCGAGCAGGUCGGGGGCUCCCGGGCACGAGUCCGCCGCCCUCCUCGUGCCGACGCACAAACCACUUUCCCUCUCCCCAGGCCGUUUCCUCCAGUGGCUGAGGGGAGCGGAGAGCGGCGUUCGCUACCAGCACGCGCGCGCCGUCUGGCCGUCGGUGUACCACAGGCAGAGUAGCUCCAAAGGUCCCUGGAACCCCCACUUGCUCAGCUCUAUACGCCCUCAGGUCAUUCCCAAAAGCAAGUUCGUCUUGGUGAAGUUCGACACACAGUAUCCCUACGGUGAGAAGCAGGAUGAGUUCAAGCGUCUGGCUGAAAACUCGGCCUCCAGCGAUGAUCUCUUGGUGGCAGAGGUGGGGAUCUCAGAUUAUGGUGACAAGCUAAAUAUGGAGCUGAGUGAGAAAUACAAGCUGGACAGUGAGAAGUACCCAGUCUUCUACCUCUUCCAGGAUGGAGACUUUGAGCACCCAACUCUUUACAGUGGGGCAGUUAAGGCUGAGGCCAUCCAGCGCUGGCUAAAAGAGCAUGGGGUCUACCUAGGUAUGCCCGGUUGCCUGCCUGCAUAUGAUGCUCUUGCUGGGGAGUUCAUCAGGGCCUCUACUGUGGAGGCCCGCCAGGCCCUCUUGAAGCGAGGGCAGGACAACCUGGCAGAUGUGAAAGAGACUGAGAAGAAGUGGGCCAAACAGUACCUGAAGAUCAUGGGCAAAAUCGUAGACCAAGGUGAAGACUUCCCAGCAUCAGAGAUGACCCGGAUUGCCAAGCUGAUUGAGAAAAACAAGAUGAGCGACAGUAAGAAGGAAGAACUCCAAAAGAGCUUGAACAUCCUGACUGCCUUCCAGAAGAAGGGGGCUGAGAAGGAGGAGCUCUAAAAAGGCACUCCGGUGUUCAGUGGGGGUAGGGAGGGGAAGAGUUACCUAUUAGCUGUGAGGCCCUCCUGAGAUUUGAUGGUGUUGAGGAAAAAGUGGCAGUAUAGCAGAAUCUGAGUAUGCCCGGAACAUGCUUGGGACAUCUCUAGAGCCAGUCAGGGCACAGCCGGAACACUUACUCAGAGGGCUUGUGAAAUACCCCCACAGAAGGAAUUGGUGCUAUAAAGAAUGUACUGCCCAGGUCCUCGACAGAUGUAAUUCUGAUCCAAUUAAAGUUUGUGUUUUGUUAAGCAG